GGGAGGGGCACCGAGAGCGAGAGCGGUAAAGGGAGGAGGAUGAAGGGUUGGGGGUCAGGUAGACAGAGAGACAGACCUCAGCAUCCAUGGUGCCUGCGCAGACAGCUGUUUAACAGACAGCUGAAAGUGAGGGAUCCAAGGAGUGAUGAAGGGUUACUGGUAUACCUCUCUCUUUAUCUUCUUCAUAUUUUAUGGAACCAGCCAGUGCAGGAACACACAAACAGCAGGUCUGACCUGUGUGAGUGACUAUGUGACCAACAUUUCUUGUGUGUGGUGGAACGCUACAGCUUUCUCUGACCAGCGAUGUGUGCUUGCGGGGAAAUGUGACUUAAAAAGAUGUGUUUUUAGAUCGUGUGAACUGGUGGCACUGAGCAAUCAAUCGCAUGCUAAGAGAAGUUGUUCUUUAAGCUUUCAAAAACCUCUCUUCUUUUAUCUUAACACAUUCUGGUUGAAUGUAAGCUGUAAUGGAUCUGUCGUCACUAAACUGUAUCAUCAGCCUAGCCUUCACACGAUUGCGACGUUUGUUUGCGAGUCUGUUCGUGUGUUUGGUGAUGCAACAGUUAAAACCCAACCUCCAGAGAUGCCCACUGUAAGUGGAGACACAAUAACUUGGAGUAAAGGCAGUAACUUUCCAGAAGCCAUAAAAGAUUAUGAAUUUCAGCUGCAGUUUAAAGCCUUACAUGUAAGCUGGGAGACGACAGCAUAUAGCAAUGCCACUCAGGAAACUUACGUGGAGCUGGACCAUAAUAAACUGACUGUAGGAGAGGAGUACCAGGCCAGGGUGCGUGUGAAGCCUGUUGAGCCCACUAGAGAUGGUUCUUUUCAGGGGGAAUGGAGCGACUGGAGUCCUGCUGUGUCCUGGAGAUCUGAGAUUGGAAAGCCAGCAGUGAAAUCAGUAGUUAGUGCAUCUCCACCAGUGCCUGGUGAUAUCCGUAUUGUUCUGAUCAUUGGAUUCAACAUAUUUGUUAUUUCUGUUCUUUGUUUGGUCAUCUAUAAGGCAAAGAAAAGCAAACAGUCUGUAAAACCAAACAACCAACAUGUUCCAGACCCCUCCAAAUAUUUCCGGCCUCUUCACACUGUUCACGGUGGAAACUUCCGGAAAUGGCUGGGCUGUCAGAAUUCUGUCGGGCUGUUUCUUACCCCUCAGUCAUGUGACGAUAUCUCACCUGUAGAGAUCUCAGAUCUUUGGGACGUGUCUUCGAUGGACGCUCAGAUGUCUGCUGCUGCCUUCGUUCCCUCCAAUCAGGUGGACUCUGGCCUGGAGAACAGCGGCACUAGUCAUGCAUCAUCAUCUAUUUUCUCUAACAUGGGCUACUUCUACAGCAAAUCCAAUAGAGGCUCUCUUUAUCUCGAAUCCUGUCCCGUGUACUUCAGCUACCACCCUGAGGAAGCCUCAAGCUCCACUGUCUCAUCACCUGGGUCUUCUUACGACUGCUUGCAAACCCCAAGUUACCAGACGGAUCAACCCUUGAGCCCGGAUUCAGGGUUCGGCAUGCCUGGAGAGGAGCACUGCGAGGAUGACCAGGAAGAUGAAGAUGGCAGUGGCGCGGAGACAUGUGCGCCGGAAAGACAAGCGCUGAUUUCCUUCAUUAUGUCGCUGUCACAGGGUUCCCACAAUGCUGUUCGGCCAGCAGAGAUGAGUUUGGCUCCGGUGGCCAUCAACACACCACGGUCUGAACCUGUGAGAGCACCCAGCUUCAAUCCCAGCUCUGAGCCUGCACAGGGCGCCGCGGCCAGGCCCUCCUCCAUGAUCGAGCCCUGCGGGAGUGGGUAUCUGACCCUGAAGGAGAUGCAGAAAUACAGCAACAAAUCCAUCUGAACGCAGGCCUAGUCCGUCUCUGUUUUUAGAAGGGAGACCAGGGUAAAAUUUUGAAAGUCAAGGUUUGGGGUCAGUAAUUAUUUUAAUGUUUUUAAAAGAAGUCUAUUAUGUAUCUCUCUGGGUUUUUUUUUUUUGUUGUUGUUGAAAGGACUGUUUUUUAGUUUAACAUAUUUUUCAACGUAAUCUAUUCCUGCGCUGGAAAAGAUUAAUUUUCAACAGCCAUUACUUCAGUCUUCAGUGUCAUGUGAUCCUUUUAGAAACAUUUUUAUUAUCAUAAAACUAUGUUGAAAAUGGUCGUGCUGCUUUAAUAUUUUUGUGGAAACUGUGAUACUUCUUCCACAUCAGGAUUCUAUAUUGGAAAUUUAUUCGAAAUAUAAAUCCUUUAUAGCAUUAUAAAUGUCCUUACUAUCAUUUCUAAUCAAUUGAUUGUGUCUUUGCUGAAUUAUAUAUAUAUAU